ACCGCCCCUACCAGCACGCCAGUAGCGUAAUCGAUUUGGAGGAUCAUCUUUCCUGUGGGAAAUACAACAGUAUGAAGACAGUGUAAACCCAUAAACCACCUUCAUCCACUGGCUUCACAAUGGCAUCCCUAACAGUUGGAGAGAAUCAGCUUCAGAGGAUAAUCAGAGACUUGCAUGAUGCAGUUGCUGAGUUGAGUAAGGAGCAGGCAGACAGUGGGGAACCAAUCACAGACGACAGCUCAAGUCUCCACAAAUUCUCCUCUAAACUGGAAUAUCUGUUGCAGUUUGACCAGAAAGAGAAGACAACAUUUCUGGGCAGCAGGAAAGACUACUGGGACUAUUUCUGCGACUGUCUGGCCAAGAUAAAGGGGGCUAAUGACGGGAUCCGCUUUGUCAAGUCUAUCCCUGAGCUGAAGACGUCACUGGGAAAAGGACGCGCCUUUAUCCGCUACUGCCUGGUGCAUCAGAGACUGGCAGACACUCUUCAGCAAUGUCUGAUGAACCAAAAAGUGACUUGUGACUGGUACUACGCCCGCAGUCCCUUUCUCAAGUCCCACCUCAACGCUGACAUCAUCAACCACCUGUAUGAGCUGAAUGAGGUCCAGUUUGAUGUGGCAUCCAGAGGAUAUGAUCUAGACUCGGAGUGGCCCACCUUUGCCAGGAGAACUCUUGGAUCAGCGGCUUCCCACUUGUGGAGACCGCCUAGUCGCUGCUCUAGUGUGAACAGCCUGGUCAGCAGCUACUCGCAGCAGGCUCAGGAGUUUCUCCCAGGCCCAGACUUUGGCACCAGUUUGCUUGGGGAUCUAGGAGAGCUAGGAGAACUCUCUUGUAGUGCUGCAGAUGACCUGCGCAUUGAACUUGACCAGUCAGAGCUACGGCAACAACAGCUUCUGGAGCAGGUCCAUCUACUCACUGACGAGGCUGCCAAGUUAAGACAGGAAGUCAAUCAUCUCCGAGAGAAGUUACUCACAGCUGAGAGAGUCAAUCAGAAGCCACAUGAGAGUGAUCAAUCAUCUGACUCAUUCAAGAAGCAGGAAGCAGAGAGAGCUAACGGGCAGUGGACUGAACAUCUUCAAGCUGAGACAGAGGAAACAUCAAGAAACCUAGAGGAAAGACUUAGCAUUGCAGAGAACAAAAACAUGGAGCUGCUAGCUAAGCUAGAUGGAGCGCUGAGUGAGAAAGGCCAGCAGGUGGCCAGCUAUUGUGAUUCAGCCUGGAAAAUCCAGGAGCUGCUGAGCAAGCUGAAAGAGGUGGAAGUGGAGAGGUUUGAAGCCAUGCGCGAGAGUGAGGAUCGAGGCAGGAAAGCUGAGAGACUGGCUCAAGAGCUCAAGGCUCGAGAGGAGAAGCUGAAAGAAAGUGAGGAAAAAUUUGGUAUGCUCCGAGUGUCCACUGAGGAAGAAAGAACCACUGCACUUCAACAGGCUGAUGAGCUCCGUGCUGUUAUUAACCGUCUCCAGGGGGCACUUUCUCUGAAAGAGCGGGAGGCAGGUAACCUGCAAACCCAGCUGCAGGAUGUGCAGAGUUCGCUGGAGGCAAGAGAACAGCAAAUGGAAAAGAUGAAAAAGGAGCAUGAGGAGCUUCAUCAGAAGAGCAAUGACUUAAAUGAGGCACUAAAUGGUCAAGUCGUAUCGCUGCAGGAGCAGCUGAAAUCGAAAGAGACAGAGUUUUCAGUCAGCACCCAGAAGGUCCAGCAGCUGGAAAACCAAAACCGAAAACUUUCCGGACUCUCUCAGAAGCUGGAAAGCCAGGGCAAGAAGCUUGAUGAGUACAAAACCCAGUGUGCCAGUCUUAUGGAGAUCAAUGCCAAAUUGCUCCAUACGGUCAAGAGGACUGAAGAGAGUGGCAAGGAGCUGGCCCAGAGCAGGGUGGCCCUGGAAAGAGAAGUGGCCACUCUAAAAGCCUCUGAGAAGCAGCUGAAAGAUAGGUUGGAUUUGGAAGGGCUUGUGGUUGAGGAGAGGGAGAGGAAACUCCUGGAGGAGAACCAGCGUCUGGAAGAGAGAAUUCAGCAAGACCAGAUCAAGAGCAAAACUAGAGAAAUGGAGGUGAGGAGAUUGGAGAAGGAGGUUGAGGAGCUUCAGGUUGCUCUGAAGGAGAGACGUGAAGAGCUAGAUAAUGGACCUAGUUCUAAAGAGGCUGACCCACACUUGAAUAAUGUCAAAGAUGAAGAGCAACCUGAAACCGAAAAGGGAGAAUGGAUAAAGGAUCUCUACCUAACCCAGAGCUUUGAGACUGGACAAACAGCCUCUAGGCUUGCUCUGGCAGAGGCACAGCUGGAUCUGAACAUGAAGGAGGUCUCCAGACUUCAGGAGGAGGUGGUUGAGCUCCGCACCCAAGUCCAGGUUAGCGCUGAUGAGAAAAUGAAAUUUCAGGCAUUGCAAGAAGUGACUGAAUCCUCCAGGGAGGACCUCCGUGCCCAGGCUGAGCAACUAAAGGCCCAAGUGGAGGAGAUGAACCGUCGGCACAUUGAGGAGCUCCUCCGCUGCCGUGAGAGAGAGGAGUCCCUGGCAAAAGAACGGGACAGUGAGGCCCAGGCCAGAGCAGAGCUCCAGGCUCAGGUGACCUCUAUGCGAGAGGACCUUCGCACACUGAAGAGGCAAAAUAGUGUCCUGGCUCUGGAGAAUGGAGAAGCCCGGGAGGCCCUGCACAGGGCCAAUACUGAAACGGCAGAGCUGGGUGUCCACGUGUGCAUGCUGACCGGCCAGAACGAGGAGGCCCAGCUGCGCUGGGAGGAACUUUCAGCGAGGCUUCAGGAGCUGGAGGAGGAGACACAGAAGGAGACGCAGACUCUCAGCCACUCAGUGGAGGCCCUGAGCAAAGACAACGCUCAGCUACUGGAGGAGUUGAAAGAAAAGGAGGGACUACACAAAGCCAUGCAGGACCUGCAGGAGAACUUGGAGGAGGCACAGAAAGAAUCCAGGAACCUGCGGGAAUGUGGUCAGAAAGAUAUGGAUGCUCUCCGGCUUCAGCUAAAUGAGGAAGCCACACAGCAUCAGAACCAGAUGAAGGUUUUGAAUGAGGAGCUGCAGGGAGUGAGGGCUCAGAUGGACGCUAAACAGGAGAAGGUGUCCACCCUGGAGACCAGACUAGCAGAGCUCGAGGCCCUUACCAGCAGCUACAGUCAGAUGAUUGAGGAAAAAACCACUUGUGUGGCAAACUCUGAUGCACUGCUUCUUCAGAAAGAAGAACAGCUCAACCAAAUAAAAGGGGACUUGCUGAAAGCUCAGGAAGAAUUUGCACUUGCCCAAAAAGCCUGUCAGGACCUUAGUGAGAACCUGCGUAGGAUUUCCGUGGAGAAACAGACAUGUGACUUGAAGACGUCUGCGGAGAUAGAUGAUCUUUACCGCACCAAAAGGAACCUGGAGGAGAGGCUUAUUGAGCUUAUUAGGGACAAGGAUGCACUGUGGCAGAAGUCAGACGCCCUUGAGUUUGAGCAGAAGCUGCGAGCAGAGGAGCAGACGGAUAGAGAUUUGCCCUACUGCCUAAGCUGCCACACGCAGUUCAGCUGGUGGCUACGCAGACACAACUGCAAGCUGUGUGGUCGCCCUUUCUGCUACUACUGCUGCAGUAAUACAGUAAGCACCCAGCAGGGUGGCAGUAGAGAGCGCUGUUGUAAGGACUGCUACACUCAGCACAGUGCUGUGGUUGAGCGCCACCCUCAGGAGGAGCUGGGCAGUCCUACCCAGCCAUCGUACAGCCCCAUGGCAUCCACUCCCACCAGAGCCAGCAUGCCCAGUGUCACAGUGGCGCUGCAGACCCCCUGGCCGGACGACGCAGUGUUUGACAUCAUCACAGACGAGGAGGUGAACUGCAUCUAUGAUGGCGACUCCCUGCCAUACACCACUGCUCAGUCUCCUGGAAGUGGGCAGCAGGGGCUAGAUGAGCUCAGCAGUGGCAGUGCCAGUGGGGGCGAUGUCACUACAGAAGAAUCGGAGGAGCUGCUGGCCUCAGCGCAGGACGCAGAGAUCUGCCUGCUCAAGUCUGGAGAGAUCACGCUGUCUGUGCCAUUCUCUGUGGAGGAAAUUGCUGAGUUUGGAGAGCAGUUCAGAGAGCUCUUCAUCAAGUCUAGUUGUUACAGUCUGGUCCCCAUUAUUGUGGGGGCUGCCGGGCCCACCAUCAGCUGGGUUUUUUCCUCUGCACCAAAGAGCAUCUCCUUCAGUGUGGUGUACCGAGAGAGCACAGACACACCAAUAGAGCAGUCCAAGGUCCUGAUCCCUCUGACCAGGUGUAACUCUCAUAAAGAAAGUAUGCAGGGCCAGCUAAAGGCACGCAACCCUGGAGAAUACUCACUCAUCUUCGACAACUCCUUCUCCAGGUUCAUCUCAAAGAAAGUGCUUUACAGACUCACCGUGGAGCAGCAGCUGGUCUACGAUGGCAGCGACUGUUUAUAACUGAGAAGCUUCCCUCAUACACAUGCUUCUGUAUGUACUGGGUCUAGAGCCUAUUACUCUUUGAGAGAUCUCUAAUGACUCUAUUGAUGUUGCUAUCUAGCCUCUUGCAUUUUCAUGCAGUCACUUAAAAGCCACGUUCAUUCUGGGAGCGCUGACCACUAAUGCCAUAUGAGUACACACUGAACAAAGACAUGAUCCAAUGCCACAAAUCAAAAUGGCAAGCUUUAAAAGUUAAUAUGGCACCGUACUUGCCCUCUGAGGAAUAGAACAGCAGGUAUAAAGUGGUCACCCACCACUCAACUGUAGUGGACUGUGUGGUCAGUAGAAUAGGUUUAGUGUGAAGAAGGGUUCUGACACGACAUGCACUACAAUAUAAUAAGCUUUAUUACUGUGCUGAGUUGUGGGGAAGAUGUUGAACAUGGAAUAGUAGCUAUUUUUAUAGAUACAAUGUUGAUCAACUGACAAAUAUGCAGCCAUAUAGUACAGUUAUGGAUUAUGAGCACAAGCAUAUCUGACAUACACUGCUUUUCAAAAGUUUGGAAUCAGUUUUUAGUAACGUGAAAACAAUGUGGUUGCAGACAAAUGUAUAAAAUGUUUCUAUUAAACAGCUUCACAUAAAUAAUUAGCAGGAAGCUCUUAAAAAAAAUUAAGAAAUGUUAGGUGUAUCUGUUUAACAUUCAGGAUCAAGUUGUAAUAAAAUUAUCCUGCAUAAAAAAAUUGUAAUAAAAUUAUUAUUCAGUAUGAAAUAAAAGCAAAUAAGUGUCGAGUGAAAUUCUAAUACAACAGAUAUCUAGAAAGUUCUAACAAAAAGAAUAACUUCUAGAAUUUUGUUUUAACAAAUGAAUGUCCAGAAUGAAGUUAUAUGAACAUUUUUAAAAGUGGUGAGCCAGAUAACCUGACCAAAAAAUGACUGUAAAUAUUUACUGUCCAUUGUUUAUUAUUUAACAACUUUGUUCUUAUUGUUCUUCAAGUGCUUGAACUGCUGAACAAAAGGUUAUUUUUUAUAGAAUACAUACAUCUAGACUGUAUAAGUUGUACAAAAUAACAAAAAAUCUUAAAAUGAAAAGUGAUUCCAAACUUUUGAAUGGUUGUGUGAUUUGCUUCGGUUUAGAUUUCUAUCAGAAAUUAAGAAAAAGAUUUUUUUUAUAUGUGUGAAAUCUAAAUGCAUUUGAAGAGCUUUACAAUAGAUUUAAAUGGAGUUAUGCAGUAACUGAAAUUUGUGAGAAAGACUACACCUGAAACUCUUAGAACCUGUUUAUUAUACUGAAUGUCAAGCCUGAAAGGAGGCCAUGUUUACUGAAUCUCAGUAGGAAUCCUGAUCUCUGAAGAACAGAAUGUCUGUGCAUGAGCAUAUUUUUAGAGCACAAAGUUCAAAUUUAAUUAGCAGCUUGUGACAGACAGCACAAAUAUUCCAUCUCGUUAUGUGAAAGCGGCGGUUCUGCAAGUUCAAAGAUUUCCUUGGGCGUCUUACAAAGAUUCUCCAUAUGCUGAGCUGAGAUCUGUAAUUGUACUAGCACACCAUAAUAAGAGGCACUCGUUUCUCUUUUUUUAUAGCCCACAAUGCGUUUUCUGUUCUGCUGAUGUGAGGCAAAAUUUUACAAGCAGUAUCUUUUUUUUUUCUGCUGAUGUUUCUGUGCUCUAUUCAAAUAAGACUCAAUCUGUAACUCUGCGGGAUGAACCAAGCCGAACCUGUUCACAAUAAAAAUGCAACUGCCGUAUUUUUAGAUGUUUUGUAACAGAUGAAGAUGUUUACUGGGAGGCAUUGAACUGUCAGUUUUGCAAAUGUGCACUUUCUGGAUGACUGUUUUUGAGCUGAGUUCUGCAAGGCCUUUAUGGGUUUUUAGUGGCAUACUGUUAGUAUAUACAAGAACAAUGUCACACCAUUUGCUAUAGUAUCCCACAAAUGAUAUUAGAUACUAGGGCCUGACUGAUGCAUAGUUUGCUUCAUGAAAGCAUUUGCUAUUAGAUUAUACAGUUGUGUGCAAAAGUUUGACCACGCUUGGUCAAAUGAUAUGCUUUGUUGAUUUUCAAAGUGAAAAUAAGUUGUUUUCUAUGGUAAACAGUUGUGUUUUUUUUUUGUGCUAAAUUUACAGUUUCUGUUUAUUUGCUAGGUUUAAAAUACUUAACAUUUAAAAGUAUAAAGAAUAACAUCAUAAAUGUGCCAUAACUUUUGCACAUGCCACAUUGUGUAUGGGGUAUUUUUUUCCAGUGUGUUAAAUUCCACAAAAGAAAAAACUAAACAAAAAAAAAACAGUGAUUAUGUAUUGAAAUGCUUACAAGUGUGUUUUCUGUAGAGGAUGCAAUCACUUAUUUUCAGCUAGAAAAUCAACAAAACAUGAAAUUUGACCAGGGGUGUACAAACAUUUGAAUAUAUUGUCAUCAAUAAUGUAUCUUAUUAACAUAUCGGUUUAUGUAGAGAAGCAUAUUCAGGAAUUUGGUGUUAUUUUGAACAAUGGAUUUCAUGAAUACACCACUGUGUCCAUCAGAUGGACUAUAAUUUUCCAACACAGUAUAAUUUUCCACAACUGUCCUUUCCACACAGUAAGGUUAAAGGGACAUUCUGAACUAAAACUAGCAUUCAGUAUGUGAUUUGUCAUGUUAUGUAAAAUGCUGGCCAGUCCAGCUUUGCAUUUCUCACCUGUUUUCAGUGUUCUUUCACUACAAUUCCCAGCAUGCAUUAAACAAAUAUGUCAUACAAGCCUUGGGAAUCUCUCCAUGGUGAAAAAGAAAUUCUGACUGCUAGCAUGGCCACCAAUGUAGUGGCUAAUAAAUACAGACAUGAUAUUCAGAUAUCUAGCAGUGACAUUAGCUAGUUGGCAGGAAAAAGAUGACCCACCCUCAAAGCCCUUGUAGUUUUUCAGUCUCACUCUAAACACUACUAUGGCGCCACUGUAGAAGGCGAGCAUCCACGUUUACAACAGAUGUAAUAAUGGUUAAAUGUUUUAUUUUGGCCAAAGUCCCCUUUAACACAGUCAUAUCCAUCAGCAAAGCACUGUUCGGGUGGAUUUGAUUAGUAUAAAUUUUAUCUCCUUAAUUUAAGCAUCGGCAGUGAAACUUUCAUGUCAGUCAGGCCCUACUGGAUACUAUAGGACUCUGUAAACAGGUGUUUGGGACUGACAGUGAACAUAGUACCGCAUUUAAUGUAUGUGGUACUCUGACUGACAGCUAUGAUGGUUUGAAAUGGAAUCAUGAAUGUGAUUAAACUGACAGAAAUCUGUGAUCCUUU